CCUUCCGGCCCCCGGGAAAAAACGGAGCGGGAGGUGGAUGAUGGGUGGCGUUAUCCUCAGUACUGGCGUGUUGAUAUCCCUCGGUGGUGGCGGCGGCUGAGGGGGCUUCAAACGCGGCCUGGCUCUGAUUUGGGGGUCCCCUGCCCCCCCCUUGUCUUCCCCCCCCCAAGAUGACGGUGCACAAUCUCUACCUCUUCGACCGCAACGGCGCCUGCCUGCACUACAGCGAGUGGAACCGCAAGAAGCAGGCCGGGAUUUCCAAGGAGGAGGAAUUCAAGCUGAUGUACGGGAUGCUCUUCUCCAUCCGCUCCUUCGUGAGCAAAAUGAGCCCCCUGGACAUGAAGGACGGCUUCCUCUCCUUCCAGACCAGCAAGUACAAGUUGCACUACUACGAGACGCCCAGCGGGCUCAAGGUGGUCAUGAACACCGACCUUGGAGUGGGCAACAUCCAGGAGAUCCUGCACCAGAUCUACAGCUAUGUGAGGAUUUACGUGGAGUACGUGGUCAAGAACCCCCUCUGCAGCUUGAACGAGACCAUCCAGAGCGAGCUUUUUCGCAACAAGCUGGACAGCUUCGUCCGGGCUCUGCCUUUCUUCUCGGCUCGUGCUGGCUAGCUCUCUUAUUUUUAUUUUUUAAAUUUUAUUUUUUUGACACUCUUCCCCCCCCCCCCGCCCUCCCAAGGACUCAUGAACGGUCCGGAAGCAGCAAGCCGCCUGAUUUCCCAUGAUGCUGUGCGUUUGGACCAGCCCGGUAUACUUCUCACCAGGAACCGUCUCCAAGAACUGGAUCUGGAUGUUGCCCCAUCGCUCUUAUUUAUAGCGGAAUAUUCUGAUUUUUUUUUUUUUAAAUCAGAUCCCGAUUCCUUCGGACCAGGUCGUUCUCGCUAGGCUCCAUUCUCGGCCGGUUGGGGACUGUCCCUUUUUGGGGUUGCAGCGGCCGGACCUUUGAGAAGGGGUCGUAGUAAUAAAUAAAUAAUAAAUGAAUGAAUAAAAUAUGAUUUAAAAAAAGAA